AUGGAGCUCUCUGAUAUUUUCCGCAUUGUCAACUUGGCAGUUGGUGGCUUGACCGUAGUCGGCGGUGUCUUCCACUUCAGUUUCUCCCUGGGGGCCAUCAUUCUCGCCAUUUACAUGAUCGUUUUUGGCUUGUCCAUUGCUCUGCUCGAAUUCCAGAUCCCUGCCCAGGUGUCGCAUUACGCUCCAUUCCUCUUCUCCUUUGCUGGACGAGGUGUCUUCUAUCUCCUCCUCAGUGGUCUCCUUCUCGGCGGUGGUAUCAUCGGCACCAUCGCGGGAAUCAUUGUUGGCGUCGUCGGAGUCGGCUACAUCGCCCUCGAGUUUAUCCCUUCGAUCGAACCCCCGAGCAACAUGCGCGAGGCAGAUGGCGGGUGGGGCGCCGAGCAGGUCUAA